UUUUAAAAUCUUUAGGUUUGUUGCAGGUUGCAGAAGAACUUAGCAGCUUCAAGUAUUUUUUGGGCUCCUCACUACUAAAUGGACAAACGUGCUGCAAAGAAAGCUGAUUUUCCUCGACUUGAGGGGUUUAACCCGGCUGAUUAUCUGAUGAUCAGCGACAGAAACAGGAAGGGUUAGUGAAAGUAAGAGCAAUACAUAUUUCUUUUCGCUGAGGAUUUUAAGAUAAAAAUAAUAGGAAUAUUUUGUCUCAAUUAAUCGACAGAACUAUUGUAAUCUACUUUAAUGGUGCUGAUGCGAACUUCAGGAUGGAGUCUCUCCCCUCUUGUGAUUGGCUGCACGCCUGUUGCCCGUCGGAUAAAAAGCGCAGCAGAGAGGCGGAGGAGAUAAAGACGGAGCAUCACGGGGCUCAUUGCACAAGGGGAUGCUGGCUUUUUUGGAGGGAGCAGAGAGCAAAAAGUGGAACCGCACCACCAUGACUGGGAAGGAGGGAAUUCUGCUUUCAGACAAUGAGAAUAAACAAAAAUCAGCCUCACAAACCAGCGUGAGCCACGGGGGAUCCCAGCAGCCGCCUCCGGUCUGGAAGAUGGCCCCCACGGUGCACCGGCGCACCGGCUUUGGGAUCCAGGAGCUGCUCGGCCUCAACAAGGAGCCGCCGGUGGCCCCGAGGCGGCCGCUGGAGGCUCUGCCGCACAGGGCGCACGUCCUGGCCGCCAGGUCGGCCCUCGGACACGGGGCUCUCGGGGUCGGUAUGGGUUUGCUGGGACCAGAGGGAAUACACUCGUUUUACAGCCAGCCUGCCUUUCUGGAGGUGCUGUCUGAGGCGCAAAAUGUGCACCUGCAGCCGCUGCACAGAGCGGCGCACGUGGACACACAGAUGGAUGCGCAGCACUCCGCCAGCUCAGAUUCUGAUGACUUGAGUCUCUCCUCCGGUGACCAGAAGUUCUCCAAAUCCUCCCUGAGUCAGAGCAAGAAGAGAAAGAAAAGACGACACAGAACUAUUUUCACUUCCUAUCAGCUGGAGGAGCUGGAAAAAGCUUUUAAUGAAGCUCACUAUCCAGACGUAUACGCCCGAGAAAUGCUCUCCAUGAAGACUGAGCUGCCAGAGGACAGAAUACAGGUGUGGUUUCAGAACCGCAGGGCCAAGUGGAGGAAGAGGGAAAAGUGUUGGGGUCGCAGCAGCGUGAUGGCAGAGUAUGGCCUGUACGGGGCCAUGGUCCGUCACUCCAUCCCGCUGCCGGAGUCUAUCCUCAAGUCAGCCAAGGAGGGCAUCACGGACUCUUACGCGCCGUGGCUAUUAGGUAUGCACAAGAAGUCAGGUGAAACCUCGCACACCUCUCCUGGAAAGCCCUGCAGCCUGACACCAUCACCACCACCAGUAACACAGGAGAAACCAGUGGACAAAGUGAUGGAGGAAGAGGAGGAGAAACAGACAAAAGACACUAACUCGCCAAUUUCUAAGGAGGAACUGAGGGAGAACAGUAUUGCUGCACUGCGAGCGAAGGCACAGCAGCACAGCGCGAAGAUGCUCGGGACGGUUUCAGACAGGACAAGCAGCCACGUGACGCAUAAAGAGGAAACUGGGGACAAGGUGACGGAGCAGGAAACAGCAGAGGUGGAGAAGAGCAACUGAAAAGGGCUGCAGGAUACAGACUGAUGGCGAAAUACCCGCAGAGUGGAGUUUACAAACACGUCAGAGGCACAAGUCUUGUUUCACUGGUUGAGUUGGAGUCACCCAUGAGCUUGUUAGACUUCAUACUGCAGAUUAUAUAUUAUAAACCUGUCAGUAACUUCUGCUCUGAGAAAAGAUUCUUCGGCGUCAACAUUUUGAGGUUUAUUAACUCAACCAAUGAGAUUAUUUCUUCCUCGCUGCCCUUAGAAAUAUUUGUACAGCCAACUCCAAACUACACUCUUCAUGUCACCUUUGGAAGGAGACUUAAAAGGAGGCUUACGCACACAAGUGUUUCCCUAACCUUUGCUGAAGAUGGAGCUGCGUUAAGAAAAAUAUAUUUAUUUUCUUUUAAAUAGAUUGUUAACCUUUACAGUUCUGUGAAAUGGCAGCUACUUUAUGCAACAGUGUGGAUAAAGAUGGUAUCUGGAAGCAAGUCUCCUUUCAACAAGCAUCUUUAGCACGAAAUAGACCACCUGCUCCACAGGUGCUAAUAAGGAGAUAACUGUGACCUCUGACCUCACCUCCCUCACUGAUUUCAGUUAAAGGUAACUGGAAAGCACAGCUGGUAUAAAGUCCUGUGAAAACGUUACAAGCCUGAAUCUUUGUUUUCUUUCAUCUGUUGCAACAUUUGU